AUGGCCGCCACCAGUAGUAGCGAUAAUUACUGGGAGCCGAGAUCACCAUUCAGACGGAAAAUAAUGUCUUUUAAAUCGUACUGGACUUUCGCUUUCCUUAUUUUUGCCUCGAGCCGGUGUUCUGCCGACGAUGAUCACGAAAUGGAAGAGUUUUUGAAGCGGGAGUAUUCGCUUUCCAAGCCGUACCAAGGUGUGGGCUCCUUAGGCUCCUCGCACUGGGAGCUGAUGGGAGAUGCCAUGGUGACCACCGACCAGGUGCGGCUCACACCUGACAAGCAGAGCAGGCAGGGGGCAGUAUGGAGCCGCCUUCCUUGCCAUCUGACGGACUGGGAGAUGCAGGUGCACUUUAAGAUUCACGGGCAAGGAAAGAAGAACCUGAAUGGUGAUGGACUGGCCAUCUGGUACACUAAGGAACGUGUGCAGAAAGGUCCUGUGUUUGGAAAUAUAGACAACUUCACUGGCUUGGGUGUGUUUGUGGACACAUAUCCCAAUGAGGAGAAACAUCUGGAGGCGCAGAAGAAAAGAUAUACUCCUCGCACACAGAGGAUCUUCCCCUUCGUCCUGGCCAUGGUCGGGAACGGCAGCAUCAGCUACGACCACGAGCGGGACGGUCGGCCCACGGAGGUGGGCGGCUGCAACGCCAUGGUGCGCAACCUCAAACACGACACCUUCCUCUUCAUCCGAUACGUCCGCCGCAGGCUCACGGUGAUGAUAGACAUCGACGGACAACAUGAGUGGAGGGACUGCCUUGACAUACCCGGGGUGCGGCUUCCCCAAGGCUAUUAUUUUGGAGCGACAGCCGUCACGGGAGACCUCUCAGAUAACCAUGAUAUCAUUUCCCUGAAACUCUACCAACUGACGGUAUUGCGGAGUCCAAAGGAAGAGGAGGAGGAGGAGGAGGAUGAUGAAGAGGAGAUAACUAUACCCAGCGUGGAUAACUUUGAGCUACUCAAACUGGGUGAGAGUGAAGAGGGGAUGAGUGGAAUAGCCAUUUUCUUCACCGCGCUCUUGUCCAUGCUGGGUUUCAUCUUCCUCAUCGUCAUCGGCCUGGUGGUUUACGGCCACUGGAACGACAGCCGACGCAAGCGCUUCUACUGAGAGAGGACAAACGCACGAAGAAAAAAAGAUGGAGGAGGAGAUUGCGAGGACUGCUGUGGUCCGUGGACCCAACUGCACUGAGACAAAGAGUGAGACCCUGCUGUGGGUCAGUAGAGCGCAGCAGGUUGCUCUAUCCUGACGGGAGACGGAGUAGAUGUAUCACCUGCUACAAAGAGCCAUUGUCCAACUUUGCCAUUGGUAGUGAUGAAGCAGUAGGAGGACUUUAUUUCUGUCCACAGCCCCCUGCCUGACACACACCGACUCGGCCUUACCGUCUCCACUUGCAUACGUGCAGUAUGACGACUGAUGAGCAGCUGCUGUUUUCUGGCACCGUUUUCUGCAUUUGACAAAUUUCAUGGCUUUGAGAAAUAUAAAUAUAUAAGUAUCCAGUGUUUUCCUACUCUACACUACGACUUGAAGCACUAACCAAAUAGCAGUAAAAGCUAAUAUUGCCAUCCUUACUGUUGGUCCCUAAAGAUGCAUCUCUACUUUGCUUUAGGAAAAGCAUACCUGUGCUUUUUACCUACUCAUCAUUUUGACUAUAUAUAUACACGAGUAUGCUGUAUAUUCUCACCCUGUAGUUGUAGUAUGCAUGACAUUUGUUGAGGUUAUUCUUUAUGAGCCGUGCUUGGUUUACAUUGAAAACUGACCAGUCUCAUUGAUGCAUGUGGUGAUUUGUGUGUUUCGGGAAAAUAUUUAAUAUCGGUUCCCUUCCCCCAGAUGUUAGUGUGUGUAUUUGAGAAGAAAAAAAAAUCAGUUUAGAGCAAACUCUUUAAAAUAUACAUUUAAAUGCCAGGAACAAAUUUUGCACUGAAGAGAAUUUUAACGACUACUCAUUUAUUGGGACUAUUUUUUCCCUUUUUUGAAGACACUUUUUACUUUGCACAUUGAACACUAAAAUGACUUUUUGGUCCACCUCUGUGUCUGUGCGUCAUGCGACGUAUAUGCUUUCGCAGAACCGAACAAACAUGCUGGUUGGGCCUCAGGCGGCCUCGUCUGGAUGGAGCUGUUGUUGACCCGGACCAGUUAUUCUUCUUUAUGUUGUGGAAAUGGUCACAGGCCUCAUGUCAAUAUCAGAUGUGUCUGUAGGUGGUGCUUUGUUUACAAUUGUGCAAUGACUGAGGACUUCCUUUCCCCCCCCCCUGUAGCCACUUUAACAGCUGCUCUACUUUAUUUAUAUUCUGUAUGUUUGUAUGAAAACCCGUGUGCCUCACGUAUCCAUCCAGUGUCUUUGUCCUGAAUUAUUUCUAUCGCCUCAUUAAAGACCAAACAAGACCGACCGUGGAUAUCGUUCAUGAUCUCUUGCAGGAAGUGGGUUAUAUAUGUAAUGUUUGGCAACAACACACAGUUCAGAGUAAAC